AUGUUAGAGUUUCCUGAAGCUGCAAAGAGGGUCAUGGAUGAUAUGUAUGUUGAUGAUUGUCUGACAGGAGCCGACGACAAAGAAGAAGCUGUGAAGUUGCAAAAAGAACUGACAGAGUUAAUGCAUCGUGCUGCGUUUAAUUUGACAAAGUGGUCCCAGUAAUACGGAGGACGUCCUCAGUCACGUUGAAGAGAAAGAUAGAGCACCUAACGCGUUGAUUGAUUUCCGUGAGAGAGAGCCACUUAAAGCAUUGGGAAUCUGCUGGAACACUUUAACGGACUACUUCGAAUUCCACAUCCCGCAGAAUCAGUUCCUUUUGCACGAAUGCGAGACCAAGAGGAACAUGCUGAGUGAUGCAUCCAAAAUAUUUGAUCCAAUGGGAUCCCCUUACACCAUCAGAUCUAAGAUGCUGUUCCAACAGCUGUGGAACAGAGGUCUACAAUGGGAUGAACAAUUGCCUGAGGACAUUCUACAACAAUGGAAUGCCUGGAAGACUGAGUUGCCUAAGAUAAACGAAAUUAGUUUAUGCAGAAUGGAAAGUCUGGUACAAGUGUAGAGCUGCAUGGGUUUGGAGAUGCUUCACCAAAGGCGUAUGGUGCUGUUGUAUACGUCAGAGUAACCCAACAGAAUGGUGAUGUUGACACACAUCUUGUCAUGUCGAAAACUAGAGUGGCCCCUGCGAAGGUCGUGUCGUUACCCAGACUUGAACUGCUUGCCGCUGUGAUCAAUUCGCGGUUAUUGAAAUUUGUUGCAGAGUCAUUAUCAACUUCCAAAGAAAUAGAGCGUGUAGUCUGUUGGACAGACAGUGAGGACUUCACUGGAUUCAAGGACUUAGCUCACAAUGGAAGACCUUCGUUGCUAACCGUGUUGCAGAGAUUCAACAUACGUGGGAUCCGCAGAAAUGGAGGCACUGUCCAGGGGUGGAAAAUCCUGCUGAUUUACUGACUUGUGGAGUAACAUCGAGAAAUCUGAAAGAGAGCGAUUUGUGGUGGAAAGAUCCUUCAUGGUUGUCAUCCCCUGAGGAAAUGUGGCCAAAUCAGAAAUUAAAUCAAGCUUCUACACGAGAUGCUCAAAAGGAAAGGAAAGCUAAACCAGUUCAAAACUUUUUUACCAUUUCAAAUAAGCCAGUUAUCGACCAUGGGCGUUAUGAAAGAUGGAUCAAGUUAAUAUGAGUUACGGCGUACGUUUUGAGAUUUGUAGCCAACUUGAAAUUAAAGAAGCAUGAUUGCCCUAAAGAAUUGUCAGUUGAUGAAAUUGCAAAUGCUGAAACCCUUUGGUAUCAUCACAUUCAGAAAGAAGCCUUUCCCGAAGAGUAUGAAAGAUUAGCAUCAGGCAAGACGUUACAACGGAACAGUCGCAUUUUAAAGCUAGAUCUGUACAUUGAUAAGAACAGUCGUACCCUCAGAGUAGGUGGGAGGUUAUAGUAUUCAGACUUACCUGAAGCCACUAAACAUCCAGUUAUUAUUCCAAACGAACACCCUCUUACAGAGAAGAUCAUCCAGAAAAGACACCAGGAAUUACUCCAUGCCGGACCUGAAAUGACUCUUUCCGUUCUAUGCCAGAGCAUCUGGUUGACCAAGGGAAGACGCAAAGUCAAGAGGAUUAUUGGAUUAUUACCUGUCAAUGUCAAAGAAAAGGUCCUUUGACACAGAAAAUGGGUCCUUUGCCACACGAACGAGUUUCAUUUUCGCCACCAUUUACCCACGUAGGAGUAGACUUUGCAGGGCCAUUAUAUGUAUGCGACAAGACACCAAAAAAGGCUUACAUGUGUAUCUUUACGUGUGCUUCUUCACGCAUGGUGCACAUAGAACUGGUUAAAGAUAUGUCAACGAAUGAAUUCCUCCAAGCCUUAAGUCGUAUGAUCGGUAGGAGAGGACUUUGCAAAACUAUGUGGUCUGAUAAUACCAAGACCUUUAAAUCUGCAGAGCAAAAGAUCCGAAAGCUUUAUUUGGCUCAGUCAUCCAAUACAAGUUAA